CCUGCCUCCUCCGCCUCCCAUUGGCCAGCAGGCUGGGGCAGAAAGAGGAGGGGGAGAGGCAGAUAGUGUAACAAAGGCCGAGCUGACAGCACAGGGGGAAGUGUUUCAGUCUGAUCCCCACCGAAAUAACCUCCCUGGGGCAACAGAGAGGGGACGGAGGCGACCCCGGGCCCAGCCGCCACCAUGAAGUGCGAAAACUGCACCAAAACCGAAUGCAGUAAAAAGAAGAAGAAGAAUGAGGAUCCUGAGGUUUCCGACCCGUUGUCGGCCGCCUUUGCCGAAGGAGAGGAGAAAAGUGAGUUCCACCGUCUGGCUGAAACGCGGAUCUUUCUGAGCGAUUGCCUGGCGUGCGGAAACUGCGUAACAUCGGAAGAAGGGGCUCAAAUCUUCGCCCAGAACCAGAAGGAGCUUUUCCGGAUAUUAAAUCUUAAUAAGAAAUGCGACACGUCGCUGCACAGGCUGGUGGUAGCGUCCGUAAGUCCGCAGUCCGUGCCUUACUUCGCUGUGAAGUUCCGACUGUCUGUCUGUGAAGCGUCCAGGAAGCUUUGCGGUUUCCUAAAGAGCCUCGGCGUCCAUCAUGUUCUAGAUACCACAAUUGCCGCAGAUUUCAGCAUCUUGGAAACUCAGAGGGAUUUCAUACAGCGGUUUAGACGUCAGACGCAUGACGAACACGCCUUUCCCAUGUUCGCUUCUGCAUGUCCAGGUUGGGUGCAAUACGCAGAGAGGGUUUUAGGAGAUUCAGUGACUCCUCACAUCUGCACGGCCAAGUCCCCUCAACAAAUAAUGGGAUCUCUGGUCAAAGGAUACUUUGCGUCCCACAAGAAUUUAUCUCCUGAUAAAAUAUUCCACUUGACGGUGGCCCCCUGCUACGACAGAAAGAUGGAAGCCUUGAGAGAAGAUUAUUAUACCGCUCUUUAUAAGUGCCGUGAUGUGGACUGCGUGUUGACGUCAGGAGAGGUCAUCCAGAUUAUGGAGCAGCAGAAUACAUCUGUGAAGGAGGUAGAAGAAUCCCCCUUGGAAAAUGUGUUUGGUGGAACUUCCUGUCAGUUCGUUCGCCAUGAGGGCACCAGCUCCGACGGGUACCUGGCACACGUAUUCAGGCAUGCAGCCAAGGAGCUGUUCGACAUGGAUGUAAAGGAGAUAACAUACAAAACCUUAAAGAACAAGGACUUCCAAGAGGUUUGCCUCGAAAAAGACGGGGAAACUGUGUUACGUUUUGCGGCUGCUUACGGCUUCCGGAACAUUCAGAACAUGGUCCUCAAACUGCGCAAGGGGAAGUUUCAUUACCAUUUCGUGGAGGUCCUUGCGUGUCCGGGAGGCUGUUUGAAUGGAAAAGGUCAGGCUCAGACCGUAGAUGGAAAACCUGAGCGAGCCCUGCUGCAUGAGAUGGAAGAAGUCUUCACUCGCGUCCCGGUGCGGAGCCCUGAAAGUAACCCGCAGGUUCAGGAGCUGUACACGAGCUGGCUGGAGGGAGCCGAGUCUCAGAAAUCCAGGGACACGCUACACACCAAAUAUGUUCCUGCCACGCAUACCGGAGCUAAACUGGAUAUGAAGUGGUGACGGUACAUCGACCACAUACUCAACAUUAGGACCUUUCUAUGCAAUGGUGCGGGUACCGUCUCCCACUCGGGAUUUCUUAACAAUCUUCGGCCGUCCUGUACCACCGUGUUGUUGGCAGCGUUGAAAUGUUGCGGGAUUGCUUCUAGGAUGACGCAACCUUAACCAGCUUGAGUGAUGUUAAAGUUGCGUUGGCCGCGUCUAUUUUAAUAUCUGGUUGGGGAAAGUCUUCUACUGAGCGGGAAGCGCAACUGGAAUGAGUGAAUGAUCAUAUGAAAAUAUUAACAAUAUGCUGCUAGAAACCCUUUGCUGGAAGUAUAUUCGGUAUACCCAGCCAGGUCGGGGCUGGCCGUCAGGCACAGUGCCCUGUAUGCCACCCGCUUACUAUGGCGCCUCUCAUCUGGCUCAUCCAGUCCUUUUGAGGGCCGCACUCUGUAAAACUGGUCUCGGCAGCCAAUGUAAGAGUGUAUUGUGUGGCCCCGUGUGUCUAGCACAUGGCCACGUGCAUAUCAGCCGUCAGUCGUGUAAAGUGCCAGGGCCACUUUUCACCACCAGUCCAUUCCUGUAAAUAGCAGAGAAUGGGUUAAAUCGGC